AUGUCUUCCCUCAUCAGCACCCCGACCACCCUUCACCUGGGCCCUGAUCCCACCAAGAACAAUAAGCCCAUCAUCAAGGACCCUACUACAACCGCCGUCGUCUCCAACCUGACCACUUCGGAAUUUUUAAACGCCUCGGGCGACGAGGCCAACCUCACCGACUUUUGGCGUAAUCGAGAGGCCGGCAACAUUUACCGCCACGCAGAGCACCUCACGUUCCCCGUGACCCCGUGCCUCGUCGAUUACGCGCAGCUGUGCCAGAUGGUGUCAUCUUCUAGUACAAAGGUGGUCGAGGUCAUGGAUAUGUGCUGCGGCACGGGGGUGGUGUCGUCCUACAUCCAAAAGAUGAUGAGGGAGUUGCCGGGGGCACAGAGAGGUAGGGUGCGGUUGACGAGUGCGGAUUCGAGCGAGGCCCAGUUGGGAGUCGUAAAGGAGAAGGUUGAGAGGGAGGGGUGGGUUGGGAGCGAGAUUAAGCAGGCCGAUAUCAUGUUCGACGUUGUCAUCGUCGCUAUGGCUCUGAUGCUCAUAUCCGAUCCGUACAUUUCUCUCAGUGAAUGCUUCCGCGUCACCAAACCCGGCGGCACAGUCGCGACUUCAACCUGGGUAACAGAGGGCUGGAUCCCCGACACCCGCGAUGCGGUAGCGCACCUCGCCCUGCCAGGCCAACAGCCCGUCUCGUGGCCGCAGUCGUCCAUCGAGCUGACGUCGGCCUGGGGACCUGGCGCGUGGGAAUCCCCCUCGUUCGUCAAGAGCAUGUUCACGGCGGCCGGGUUCGUGGACGUGGAGGUGGACGUUGUGACCAAGUGGGUGCCGUUUUCCGGGGUCGACCAGUGGUGCACCGUCUUCCAGGCCUUCAUGCACGGGGUCAUGGAGAGGUUCUGGACGAAGGCGCAGAGGGAGGGGUUGAAGGGGCGGUUGAUGCCGACGUUGAGGGCUUUUAUGGAGGAGAAGUAUCAGGGGAUGCCUUUUGAGGUUGAGAGGACUGUUUUGUUGGCGAGGGGGAGGAAGCCGGAGGCGUGA